GAAUCAUUUAUCACCAAAUAGUUUCACAUGAUAUGAGUCAACUUAUUACACCCAGCAGUACUUCGGUUACUUUGUGACAUGAUUGUUGUCCAAAAUGUCACAGCGAGAACAUUUGAAAGCCUUUCUACAACAUGAAGAACAUCUACGUAUGCUGGCCGAGAGUGGGGAGGACGGAUUUAUGAAGGAGUUUAUGGCACUGAAGCAGCAAUCAACAAGGUAUAAGACGGAGAAGACUUUCUCAACGGCAGAAGGCGAGAAUGAAAUCAACAUUCGCAAGAAUAGAUACAAAGAUAUCCUCCCAUUUGACUAUACACGCUUCAGUUUACCGGAGCUGGAGGAUGUUGAAGGAUCAGAUUACAUCAACGCCAACUACAUCACGGAUGUACAUGGCAAGAAAGUCUACAUCGCAGCGCAGGGUCCGUUACCGCACACUGUGGUCGACUUCUGGAGGAUGUUGUGGGAGAGCGGGGUGGAGGUUGUCAUAAUGGCAUGCAAUGAGUACGAGGGAGGAAAGCAUAAAUGUGAGAAGUACUGGGCAGAAGAGAAUGAGAGGAAACAGUUUGGGGAGAUCACAGUCACACUGAUUAGACAGUUGGGCGUGACGCCAGACUUUCUGAUUCGGACGCUCAAAGUCAACAAUCAAGUGGAGGAAAGAGUUAUAAACCAGUUCCACUACACGGCGUGGCCGGAUCACGGUGUACCUAAGACUGUGCAACCCAUCAUGGAUAUGAUAAAACUAUUCAGGGAGUAUUUGCCUAAUGAAGACCACCCAGUGGUCAUGCAUUGCAGUGCUGGUUGUGGGCGGACAGGUACAAUGAUCUGCAUUGACUUUGUUAGAGCACAGAUUAAAGCAGGGAAAAUUGGUGCUGACUUUUGUCUGUAUGACAUCAUUAAGGAGAUGAGGAGGCAGAGACCUGCUAUCGUCCAAACCAGGGAUCAGUAUGAGUUAGUUCACAGGGCAGUGGCUUGGCUGUUUAGAAAAGAACUUGGACUUCCACCAAAUCCAAAGGACUUCGGACAUCUUUAUGAGAAUGUCAAACUGCAAGCAGAGGGUCCACGUCUGCCACCAGGAGCAGCUAAUAGCCUAAGUCCAGAGAUCAAACCUCAACCGUGUAAAUUAAGUCCCAAGCAACGAAGACACAAAGACAUGAAAGACAAAGACGACUCGGGCCAUAACUAUGUAAACCACUCGAUAGCAGGAAAAGGUUUGCCCGUCGAUGGAAGGUCAAGCCCACCGGCGGCAAAGGUCCUGAAGCCUCCCUCGUUGCCCACCAAGCAACAACGUGAUGCAGACAGUAACGAAACCAUUUAUGCAAAUGUCCAAGACAAAGUAACCUUAGAGGAGAAAGCAGCUGAUGUCUCGAGCCCCCUGACGCCAAAACAGAGCCCCCUAGCUCAGGAGAGAUUCGAGAGUGGCUACAAGACCACUCUCGCCGCUUUUAAGGAUUUUGAAAUUCCACCAGUGCCUCAAGCUCGCUCUGCCCCACCCAAGUCAGCAGAUCAGGUCAAACCAUCGUCGCCUUUCAAACUGGCUGGCAGAACUGUCCAAAUCUCAAAAUCUUUUGAUGAUCAAGGCGACCCUCCGAAGCCUUUGCGAUCAUCGAAGCCCAUGCUCAGUGAAAAACCUCAAAUGAGCGAAAAACCAGUCAAGGUGCUUCCCGUAGCACGUCCUAAUAUUCCUACAAAACCAGCCAUCGGAAAGAAGAAGGAGACGGAUAACCAACCGGGUAGGGUCUCUGGAUUGAGGAGGCGACCGACUAGCGAACCGGUCAACGGUAACGCGGAGGAGCAGGGGAAAGUACCACACUUAGGGACUGCUCAGUUUCAGCAGGCCAAAAAUCUAAUCCAGGCAACUCUGCUCACCAAACCAGAAAGUGAUUCUGGAAAGGACAAAGAUCCUAAGAAGGGUAAAGAUGGGAGGGACUCCAAGGGUGGACCCAGACCCACCUCUGCCCCUCCUAAACCACCCGUCGCAGUCAUUAAACCAAUACCAACGAACAAAACCACUAAGUCGCAGACUUAUGAGGAAGUGGGUGAUUUAGGUAAGAGCUUCCCGUGUCAGGUCCAGCCGGUUUCCAUGGUGAAGCUUCAAUCUCACAAGGACAAGGUGGAGUCGAAGAACGCCGGCAAGCAGGACUCGAACCCGAGCCAGAUGCAGCGGAGGAAAACAAUGGAAGGAUACAGACCUAAACAAUCAGUGCCUGACAACGGCAACUCGGAAUACAGCUAUGCAACUCAACCAAAAAGCGUCAUCGAAAAACUCAAAGAGGCUCAGUCGAGACCCCAACUCAGAACUGGGUUAGCCCAGACCUAUGCCUCAGCCUACGCUGAUCCUACGGAGGAGGGUAAUCCUAAGGAGUUGCCUAAAUCUCCAGGUAGCUCGCAGGGAUCAGACUAUUCGUAUGCAUGCGGUGUGCAGAUACCCAUAACGCCUGGCAAGGGCAGGGAGAAUGUGAAGAAGUUCUCCAUUGAUAGAAGUGAUCCUAGUAGGUCUUCGGCGGUAUCAGCAUAUGAGGUCAUUGAGGUCGGUGGCCUUGCUGGCCAAAGGUCAGUCGAACAAGAAGAAUCGCCUGUGUUUGAUAAAAACAUCAGCUACGAUUCGCAAGGGACACAACCGACAUCGCCCGGUCAGCCCAGGGAGUCCAUCUUGAGCGGUUCCUCAUGGGCGUCGUUUACCGACAGCGAGUUUGACUGCACCGAUGAUGAGAAGCCUCCCGAAGUGCCUGUGAAAACAUCGGCAUCGUUUGAGUACCACGAUGGUGAAGAGGGUGAUGAUCAUGAGUCUGGAUCUGGGGGAAGAUCCAAGCCGAAACUCUCCCAGUUCAUACUGAACCAGAGAGACAAGCUGGCAACACAUAAAGAGAAAAUUGAAAGUAGAACAAAAGGUUUCUUUGUGAAGAUUGGAGAUGUGGUGAAUAGGAGCUCGAGUAACCCAUCAUCUGGUACCCGCUCUUCUCCUCCAUCUACCUUAUCAACAAGUCCACAACAAGCCGCUCUGGUGUCGGACCUCAACGAAAUCAUAAAGAAAACAUUGCGGGAAUAUGAGCCAACAUACAAAGAUGGUCCCACGAUGUUCAACAACUGCGACAUCAGUUUUCCGAAGCGAGUACAGAAGCCAAAGUCCCCGCCCCCAGUGCCAACCAGUUGGAUCAAGUCAGAGACACAUAGUACCACAGUACAGCUAUGAGAUAAGCUCAUUAAUUCAAAGCUUGCUUAGCAUCUUACAACAACAAAAAUUACUUAACACAGAAAAGAUUUGCCAAAUUAACUGUUCACCGGCCGGUUAAUCAAAGCUUGAGUUUCACAAAAAUAACCGUAACUAAAACAACACCAAACUUCACUUUCACAAGACCGGUGCUAUUUAGUUACUCGGCUCUAGCUUGUGGGGGGUUAUUGGUUCGAAUCCCACUGAUGAGUAGUAUGCCUGUGCUGUUGUUUUUUAUGGCCAGCGGUGUAAGGUAAAACCACAUUGGCUGCCAGGUUGGCAAAGUGGUACAUGUAGCUUUCCUCGCCUUCCACCUCUGGAACCACAGUUCAGUCCCACUGGGGGCACUAUGUGGAUUGGGUUUUCAGUCAGUCACUACCUGAUUGCGUGUGUUUUGCCCUGGACUCUUUCCAGGGUUUUCCCUCCCACUUCCAAAACUGAAACUUCCUUCUUUGUCUGCUCUCCAUUGGGUUCUUGGCUAGUGUUAUGAUUAAGUUCGCUUUUCUGAGAGUCCUUGGCUUCAAACCAGAACUUAUUAACACAAUGAAAUUAUUGGACUUGUUCUGUUGUUAGUUUACCGAAUCUGAGCCUGGAAAUCACUCAAGUGGAGCAGAGGUCAAUAGGUCAUUCAUGCCUUAGUCAUUCAUAGUCACAGUGUCUUUCCAGUCUUUUGUAAUAUCAAACAUUUUAUGGUCCACUGACAAGCGACAUUUUACAAACAGGCAUGAUGUUCUUCCUACUUAAAGGCAGUGGACACUAUUGGUAAUUACUCAAAAUAAUUAUCAGCAUAAAACUUGACUUGGUAACGA